AUGUCGAAAUCAAGCGGCGGCGCCUACGGCCAAGCGGCGGACGACACGUCCUUCCGCAAGAAGUACGAUGUGGACGAGUACGCGGCCAAGGCCAAGGCGCGGGAGGCGGCGGAGCGCGAGGAGUCCAAGGCGCGGUACGAGGCGAAGCUGGCGGGCAAGAAGUACUACAAGCCGAUGACGGGCGAGGAGACGCUGACGCAGGCGCGGAGCGCGGUGCUGGACCUGAGCAGCCACGUGGGCAAGACGCAGCUCGUGGCGGCCGGGUCGGGCGUGGGCAAGCGCGGGCGCGGCGCCGGGUUCUACUGCGAGGCGUGCGACCUGACCUUCAAGGACAACAAGCAGUGGGUGGAGCACAUCAACUCGAUGCAGCACAUCCGGGCGAUGGGCCAGACGGGCGAGGUGCGGGCCGCGUCGGCCGAGGACGUCCACCGGCGCAUCGAGGAGGUCUGGGAGAGGAGGCUCGAGCUCGAGCGGGAGAAGGCGACGGGCCUGCAGGAGAGGAUCAAGAUACACGAAGAGGACGAGGCGCGCGAGAGGGAGGAGCGCCGCAAAAAGAGGAAGGAGGCGGAGGAGAAGAGCGGGCCGAGAAGGAAAAGGAGAAGAGCGUCAAGAUGGAAUACGGCGAGGACGUGA